UUGGGUGAAAGUAAAUUUGCAAAGUUUUUUACCGAGCACAUUCAACAAGCACCCGUUCCUGAAUAUGGAAUAUUCAGCUGGAAAAUAUAUCGUAAUAAUAAAUGCUAUCAUCGCAAUGACUAACGCUGGGAAUAUAUUGAGCAAGACAGCUGCCCCCGGUUUAUUGUCGGCUUCAGAUGUGCUUCAGAAUGAGUUGGAAUCUGCAGCACAAAAUAAACCAGCUCAGAAAGAAGCCCAAGAACUUCCUGCAGUCCUAUUAGUUCAAAAACCUUGUCAUAAAGAUGAUAAAAGCUACUGUAUGAACGGCAUCUGCACCUACCAAGAUGAUCAGGAUCAAAGUAUGAAACACCGCAUGUGUGUUUGUCAUGCAGGAUACACAGGAGACAGGUGCCAGCACAUGACAUUAACAUCUCAUACAACUGAAGAUUCAGAAAGGUAUAUAGCCAUUGUCAUUGGAUCAGGGUUCCUGCUCAUCGCACUAGCUGGUGUUCUCUUCUAUUUCAUUCAUUACAGAUGCCAAAAAUCAAAUGCAACAUAUAAUAAAUGUUUGAGAGAGGCACAAGUUUGA